AUGAUAGGCAUGGAGUUGCAGCCAUCAGUGCAUAUGCAGCACUUAAAUCACGGACUCGGCGGAUUACAACAUCAACAUUAUCAACACCAAAUAGGUGGGGAUAUGCAAGAAAAACCAAAGAAAGAUAGUCACAGCAGCAGUGGCAGCAUCAACGGAGAUGGUCAUGGCGGUGUCAAUCAAUUAGGCGGCGUGUUCGUUAAUGGGCGUCCCCUGCCCGAUGUUGUGCGUCAACGGAUUGUCGAGCUGGCACACAAUGGCGUACGACCGUGCGAUAUUUCGCGGCAAUUGCGCGUCAGUCAUGGCUGUGUAUCAAAAAUUUUAUCAAGAUAUUACGAGACUGGCAGCUUCAAAGCGGGCGUCAUCGGCGGCUCAAAACCCAAAGUUGCUACGCCGCCCGUUGUUGACGCCAUCGCCAACUACAAACGCGAAAAUCCAACAAUGUUUGCCUGGGAAAUUCGCGAUAGACUGCUUGCGGAAGGCAUUUGCUCACAAGAUAACGUACCUAGUGUUUCAUCAAUUAAUAGAAUAGUAAGAAAUAAAGCAGCAGAAAAAGCCAAACACGUCCAUCAUCAGUCGCAAUCGUCGUCGAAUAACAACAAUAAUCAAUCGCAGGCGAGCCAACAAGUACAGAAUAGCGCGAGCACUCCAACCGGCAAUACAACGAUAAAUGUCUCCGUGAUUGCUCAUGCACCGCCGAUGCAGCAACAGCAGCAGCAGCAGCAACAACAACAGGCACAACAAACUCAACUCGGAAGCGGCAACGGCUUAAACGGAACUCCCGAACGCACAACUGGCUACAGCAUCAACGGCAUUCUCGGCAUCCAGCAUACCGACCCCAAUGGCAAUAGCAUCAAAAGGAAACGAGUUGAUGACCAUCAUGACGAAAAUCGUGACAUCAACAUCCACUCGGCAGAGGACGACUUGAAGAGACAACGCAUUCAUUACAGCGGCGAUCAGUUGUAUUCUAACCUCUGGACCGGCAAAUGGUGUAGCAUCAAGGAAGAGCACAAAUUACUGUCGGAAUUGGGAAAUGCCGCAAAUCAAAAUGGCAAUUCUGGCUACUACGAUACUCAUAAUGGUUUCCCCGUCGCAUCAUCGGGCAGCGAUUCGAUUCUCUACGACAGCAUUACGACAAUUUCCCAAGCUCAAAGUCCCCUGUAUACUCCAACGAUUGGUGGUAAGUGUGGAUCUUCCGUUGUCCCUACCGGCGAUUACGGCUACGGCAGUUACCCCCAAUAUAGCGGCGGUCCAGGAGGAUAUGGCUAUGGGUAUAGUGCAACAACGUGCGGUCUUCUCAACUCUUCAUACUAUUAUGGCAACGAAAAUGGACAGAAUAGCAGUCCCGCUGGAGCACUCAGUAGUCAAGAUAUCCGAUCCCCAUUGGCAGCGACGCGCGCAAGCUCUGCAAGUGCCGCCAGCCCAACCGGAAGUGCGUGUACAAAAUCAAGCAGUUCUAAUAAUAAUAAUAAUAACGACAUUUAUCUCGUAUAG